UUUGCGACGUAUACUUGCUCGGCAUCAUGAUCUACUGCGUAGAAAUGACGGCAAGGCUCGCUGGCAUGCUGUUACUGGCCGUUGCGUUAGCUGAUUGUGGACCUACCCUGAGCACGCCGACAACGCCGCCGACAACGACCGAGUCCGUAAAGAGACCCAUCGUCCUCGGUGACCCGGUUUCGGCCGCUGGAACGUGGCCAUGGCAGGCUCUGGUGUUAAACGAAGGCAACGUUCACUGUGGCGGAUCCCUCAUCAACCCGUGUCACGUGCUCACGGCGAAGCACUGCGUUCAAGGUCGCGACCCUACAAAGCUGGCCGUCGUGAUGGGAGAGCACCAGCGUUCUGUGGCCGAAGGUCGAGAGCAGACGCGGAAAGUAAUCCGCUUCAUUCAACACCCGUCGUGGGACCUCGCCAUUCUUCAGCUAGAGCAGAGCUUUACGAUUAACCAGUUUGUGAAGCCCGUCGAUCUAGCAACCGUAGAGCCUACGAUACACAGUCAGACCAUAGUCACCGGAUGGGGUCAAAUCGAUCCGAACACGGUGAUCGGCGGUAGGUUGGCCGAUACGCUGCAGUUUCUACGGAUUCCGGUCGUUGACAAGUCCAGAUGUAUCGCCGAAGGCAUUGCUGUUUCUUCCGAGCAGCUGUGCGCAGGCAAAUAUUUGCAGCUGUACGCCAACGCCUGCUAUGGUGAUUCUGGUGGACCUUUGGUGCAACGGAGACAGGGCAAAUAUCAGCAGGUGGGGGUCGUUCAGGGUGGGAAAGCGGGCUGUCCGGACAACAGUCACUACGCGGUGUAUGUGAGCGUCCCGCAGGCUUACAGCUGGAUAAAGCAACAGGUUCCAACCACUACGAUACAACCACCGCAAGGAGGGACGACACUGUUUGGCCUGGUUUCACGUUUUGCUGCGCUGGACAGGACAUCGAGCUUAUAUAGCAUCACUCAAAAAUGCUGAGAACACGCACGCACGCACACGCCCACGCCCAACGCACACGAACACACAGCUACAAGUAAGACACACACGGAUCGACACAAAUGAAGACGUAGUAGCUAUUUAAAAAUAUCGAAAUACGGUGUUUCAAUAAAAAAAAUCAUUAUUUUACAUUUCUAUUUUACAGUUAAUCGCGCGCUCUCUCUUUCUCUUUCUCUCUUGC